AUGAUACUGCUAGCGAGAGACGUGUGUCAGUCAGGUGGACAUGACUCGCGUUCGGCAGCCCCUUCAUCCUCGGCAUCGCCCACCACCAAUCAGAUCUUGCGAUUAAUCAUCAAAAAGCGAAUUUGCAUCGAACUGACCAAAGUGGCGUGGCACUUGAAUCUGUCAACAAAAGAGGGAAUCGAUGCGUUGAAUCAUGUGCUCAAAACACUCGACGAAUUAACGCGAUCAAUUAACAAGUUUGUUUUAGAUUCAACCGUUCACUGCCAGAAUUGUUUUGCUAAUUGA